ACGGUGCGGCAGCUUUAAGCGAAGCUCACGUUACACGGCUGUGUUGCAGGAUUGUAUAAAAACAGGAGGGAGGGUGGUGUAGUGAUUGCAGGCGCCGGAUCUCAUGCAUUGCACAGAGGAAACCGGCGGACUCGCAGCUCGUUCUCUGCACCUCCCUGAUACCAUGCAGCGUACCGGGAGAGGGUAAUGUUGACCGUCCAACUCCUGGUUGUGGCUCUGAUCGCCACCACCAGCCUCCCGCCUUGCAGGGGCUGGAGUGGAGAGGACUUUAUCCUGCAAUCCAACGGCACUUCUCUCAACUUCUCCUUGGCUGCCUUGGAGUUGGAUUCUGCUCCGGGGGCUGCCAAGGCGGAUAGUCCCGUCGCCCAGAGUAACCGGUGCAACCUCACCGUCGUGAGGCUGGUGUCCACCUCGCUGCUAGCCCGUUGGGAGAGAUCGCUGGGUUUCCACUGCGACGUGCUUCUGUUCACCACCAACACCAACGCCAGGUCGUUCUUCUCGGCAGCUUUCAACCGGGUCUUCCCCCCGCUCAUCAUCGACCAUGUGGGAGUCGGGGGCGGGGGACAGCAGGAAUUCAAGCUCUGCGUAGGAUGCGGGGGAAGCCAGCGCAAGAGGAGGACACCACUACAGGGACAGCAGGUUAAUUUUUGUUGCCUGGACUUCAGCCUGGAGGAGCUGAGCUGGGACAAAGGCUGGAGACUCAACCGUAAGCCCAUCGAAUCCACCCUGGUGGCUUGUUUCAUGACCAUGGUGAUCAUCAUUUGGAGCGUGGCUGCUCUAAUCUGGCCGGUGCCCAUCAUCGCAGGCUUCCUACCCAACGGCAUGGAGCAGAGGAGAGGCUGACGUUUGUCAGCUUGCAGCCUUGGACUAUACCCGGGCGGGCGACCUGAAAUUUAUCCAGUUCUCCAUCCACCGUCCCACGCCAGGGGGAACAGAGUUACAAGCGGUCACUGCCCGCAACCGCACCUCUGAGGCAUCGCACGCUUCUUGGUGAUACAGUCUCGCUGAGAGUAAAUAGAAAGAAUUCGGCAGCGGCGGAUGAGAAGGUGUUUGCUGAGCCUUUGGUCGUGCAACCUGUAGCGCAAUUAUCUUUCUUUUGUACUCGUACUUAGAUCUGCAAGUUAACUUAUAGCGACGGUUUUCUUUCGGACGGAUCGGACCAGCCUUUCUAGCAUUUAAACCAUCAAGAGUACUUAUUUAACACGUUUAUUUUCUGGAGAUACAGGUAAUAAGUGUAAGCUUUGAGUCGUGGCAUAUGAUUGAUUUGCUCCAUCUCGUCUUCCCGAGAUUUGGGUAACAGCAUGGUGUUUUUCAUUUGUAGAUUUCAUAGUCUCCAAGCACUGCUUGUCAGUGAAUUUGCCUUUUUUUUUG